GAUCAACUAUCUCAUCUAUCUCUUGUGCCAUUUCAUAUCUUCCUUUGCAAUUACAAAUAUAAAAUAAAAGAUGACGAUGUUGGGUGUUAAGACCCUAGUGAUAAUUUUAUUUUUACAGGCAAUGUUUGUGUCGAUGGUGACUGAAGCUGCAUCUGCUAAUAAGGUAAAACGUGUUAAACCUCCAAAGCCUGUGAAACCCGUUCAGGAGAUUUUAACUUGCAAAAGCCGAAAAAGCAGAUGUUUCAUGAAGCGCAUCAAGUGCCCCGUAGAAUGCCCCAAGGUUAAACCAAAGAACCCUAAAGACAAAGCAUGUUUUCUUGAUUGUUAUUCACCCAAAUGCGAGGCCGUGUGUAAAUCACGUAAGCCAAACUGCAAUGGACCUGGAGCUGCAUGCUACGACCCACGAUUCAUUGGUGGUGAUGGAAUUGUAUUCUAUUUUCAUGGAAAAAGCAACGAGCAUUUUAGUUUGAUAUCUGAUACCGAUCUCCAAAUCAACGCACGUUUUAUUGGACUUCGACCUGAAGGUAGAACUCGUGACUAUACAUGGAUCCAAGCAUUAGGAUUGAAGUUUGGCCAUCACAAUUUCACUCUUGAAGCGACAAGGACCCAAAAAUGGGAUGAUGAUGUUGAUCACCUAAAGUUAUCAUAUGAUGGGAAGGAAUUGUUCAUUCCAGAAGGCCAUUCCUCCGAGUGGAAUUCCCCAGAAGGCGAUGUACAAGUUGAAAGGACUGCAACAAGCAAUAGUGUAACUGUCACCAUACCAGAUCAUGCUGAGAUAUCUGUUAAUGUGAUUCCAGUAUCAGAAGAAGACAGCAAGAUACAUAAUUAUCAGAUUCCAACAAAUGAUAGCUUUGCUCACUUGGAAGUACAGUUUCGAUUCUUUGGUUUAUCAUCUAAAGUUGAAGGGAUUCUUGGUAGAACUUAUCGUCCUGAUUUUGAAAAUCCAGCAAAACAAGGAGUGGCAAUGCCUGUGGUGGGUGGUGAUGAUAAGUACAAGACUAGUUCGCUCCUUGCGGCUGAUUGUGCCCUCUGCGUGUUCUCUCCAAAUGAAAUCAAGGAUGAACAUGGCUCGACGGUGAUGGAUUUUGGCAUGCUAGACUGCACGGGUGGAGGAAAUGGAAUUACAUGUAAGAAAUAAGUUUCUCAUAUAGUUUUUUAUUAUAAGCGUGUAACGAUUGAUUUGUGUUUUCUCAUUUUUAACUGUUUUUUUUCUUACUUUUGUACUUGGCGAAUGUGCCAAUAAAUAAAUUUGAUUCCUUUUUUAUAUGUUUUAAUUUAUUGACGCAAGAAAAUAUAAUAAAUAAAUUAAUCAUUAUCGUUUU